UGGUCCAGGAACAAGGGAGGGUACAGCACCUCUAUUGUAGCAGUGCUAACAGCCAGCACUCCACCAUGGAAGUGGCUUCAACUUUAAGAGACAAAAUGAAGAAAAUUUCUGAUUUAAAAAAGGAAAAUCUAAACCCAAAGAACUGGGUGAAAGCUGAUAAUGUGAAGGUAUUGAAAGAGAAGAUUCUGCACAAUGAUAAUGAAUCAGACUCAGACAAAAGCUUCGACAACAAGGAGAUGUUAUUACAGAUUGAGAGGGACUUCAUUGAAGCUGCUAGAAGAAAUGAUGUGCCGACAAUGAAAAUUCUCGAAAAGAACGUUAACAUCAAUGCAAGGAACGUUAAUGGCCGCACAGCACUCCAUUUUGCAGUUGCUGGAAAGCACAAGGAACCUGUGGAGCUCCUGUUAAGAAGGAAAGCUAGAGUGGACAUUGCUGACAAGCAUGGAAUAACAGCUCUUCACCUCGCUGCGUGGUUUGGAUGUCUGGACAUCAUGACACUGCUAGUGCAAGCUGGUGCAGAACAGAAAGCUUUAAACUUAGACGGGAUGAAUAUCAUGCACUGCGCCGCUCUGAAUGACAACACUGAUAUUGUGAAAUACAUUAUUGAUGACUUGCAGAUGAAGCAGCUGGAUAAACCUGACAAGUCAAACAAGAAGCCCUUUCACCUGGCUGCUGAGCAUGGCUGUCUGGAAAUGGUGGAGAUGAUGAUGGGAGAAGAAUACAAGCUGUCCACCAAGGAGAAAGACCAGGAUGAUAAUACUGCAUUACAUCUUGCGGCUAAAAAUGGGCAUAUAGAAGUUAUAAAGCUGCUGCUUGACAGCUUUGAGGAGGAGAGAAAUACAGUAAAUGAGGCUGGCAAGACUGCACUGUAUUUGGCUUCUGAAGGAGGGUAUUAUGAAUGCGUGGAAGUCUUGCUGGAAGCGGGAUGUGAUGUCAACAUUGUGACAAAGAAUGGCAACAAUGUGUUACAUGGAGUGUCAGAAAGUGGCCAUGCUUCCUUAGUGAAACUUCUAAUUGAUAACAGAGCUGACAUGAACAGUCUGAAUGAUCAAAAAUUGGCACCGAUUCACUUGGCAGCUGCCAAUUGCCACAUCCCUGUCAUACACACCUUCAUAGAGUCUGGGUGUGAUAUUAAUAUUACUGAUAGUAGGAAUCAAACUGCUCUGCACAUUGCUGCAGAGCUCGGGAAAGCAGACAUUGUGGGAAUGAUACUGAAAGCUGGUGCAGAUCUUUCUAUCCAAGACAAGCAAGGUAAGACUGCAUUGGCUGUGGCAGGAAGAGGAAACUACGUGAAUAUUGUUGACAUGAUCAUCAAAGCAGAAAGAUACUUUAAAUGGAAGAAGGCAAAUGCAGAGUCUAAUGAAACCCUUCAAAUUGAGUCGACCCUGACAUUUAAACUGGACCACAGGACAGAGAACAAGCAGAUGCGCAGUGUGGCCUGGGACCUGGCCUACAACCAAUUCAAGCCUCAAGACUGGAAGAGACUGGCAUACCACUGGCAGUUUACAGACUCGCAGAUCGCAGCAAUCGAGGAACAGUGGACAGGUCCAAAGAGUUACCACGAACACGGAAACAGGAUGCUGCUUAUCUGGUUACAUGGAGCCUUGGUUGCAACUGAAAACCCUGGGAAAGUUUUAUAUGAAAGUUUGAUCUCAAUAGGAUGUAAAAGCAUGGCUGAGAAAACCAGAAUUGACACUAAUGGUAACAAUUCAAAGAAAUGCACAAUUUCUUGAUGUGCCUCUGAAGAAGCUUAAAGACUAUGCAG